AAGGGCGUAGACAUCAUAAAUUCCAGUCGUUUGUGACCAGCAUGAGCAGCAAAACUAAAAUAAAAACUGAAAACUGAAAUUUUGUUCAGCAACAAGUAAGCAACAAGCAACAUGUCCCAGUCCGAUAUCAGAUAAAUGAACUCUUUCCAUUUAGGUCUAACUAAUUUGUAAGACCCAAAUUACAAUAAUGUCUCCUUCUUUGGUUUCAAGAAGCCUUUGCCUGAGGAAUUCUUCCCUUUUCAAAUCUUUAUGCUCAAAUUCAUUGCCUGAGGUGCCUUGUAAGCACAGACUGUAUUCCAGCAUUAGAUCAGGAACACAGGUGGAACACCUGUCCACACAACCUCAGAUACUUCAGCCAGAUGCCAAGAAUGGUUUGGCCGAAGAUUUAACAUUUGUUCCCAACAGUUCUGCGGUCAGUAAAACUGCACUAGAGAAACUACAAGAUUUUGUUUCUGCCUCUAAGAAAUUGUUUGUUUUGACUGGAGCCGGGAUGUCAACUGAGUCCGGAAUUCCCGAUUAUCGGUCCGAGGGAGUAGGGCUGUACGCCCGGAGCAACAAUCGACCAAUCACGUACCAGGAUUUCCUCAGGAGUCCCUCACGGAGGAGACGCUACUGGGCCAGGAACUUCGUUGGCUGGCCUCGGUUCAGCUCCGUCCUGCCCAAUGCGAGUCACUGGACGUUUGCCGAAUGGGAACGGGCCGGCAAAGUGCACUGGCUCGUCACGCAGAACGUCGACGCGCUUCACACCAAAGCGCAGAGUCGGAGGGUGAUUGAGCUGCACGGCUGCUCGGCGCGGAUCGUUUGUUUGUCGUGUGCACAGAAGACAACACGAGAUGAACUGCAGCAACGCAUGAGGGACGUGAACCCACAGUUUAAUUCAGAAUCUCAGGCAAUAGCUCCUGAUGGUGAUGUCAUUCUCUCAGACGAGGCGGUGGCAGGAUUCACCGUUCCUUCCUGCAGUCAGUGUCGGGGCAUGCUCAAGCCCGAUCUAGUCUUCUUUGGGGACAAUGUGCCGGGAGACAUCAGGACAUCAGCCUAUGAUCGCUUGCAGGAGUCAGAUGCUGUUCUAGUGGCAGGAUCUUCUCUGGAGGUCUAUUCAGGAUACCGCUUUGCGCUGGCUGCGAAGGACCAGAACAAACCUCUGGCCAUAGUCAACAUCGGACCGACGAGAGCAGACAAACUGGCCGUGCUCAAGAUUGACGCCAGGAUAAGCAGUGUCUUACCAGGCAUUCAAGUCACAUGAUGGAGCUCCACUUUCACUAAUCAGUGUCUCAGGGAUGAUGCAUCUUACUGUUUUACCAGUCCUUUGCUACAUUGGCGAUUCCCAAUAAAAUAAUGGACGAUGAUUAUUAGUUUUUACCUCAUUAAUCAUUUUUAUCCCCGUGGCUUUCAAGCCAGAUAGGGGGAUAUUGCGAUCGCGUAUUCCUUCUGUGAGUCAAUGUGUGCGUGCGUGUGUUCCAUUUCACUGUACAGUUCAGCCAUCAAUCUCAACCAAACUUGAAAGGGGUCUGUGGAGAGAAGGCCAAUGUCAAAAAAAAUCCUUUCCAAUAUGGAUCUUUACGAGGUCUCUGGAGAGCGCAGUUUUAAUUUCAAUUUACGUGUACAAGUUAACUGUAGUAGCUGCUGAGAAUGAAGUCACAGAUAAUGAUGUGAACCUAUGAACAGUUUUCGUAUCUUAGAAACAUUUUGUGGUGAAACUUAUCAUUGAAGACGGCAGUAUUUUAACUACAGGCAAUUGCCAUAAGUCAUGUAGACUUGUCCAAGUUGCCCAUAUCUGGGAUGGAUCGUACCAGCUAUUGUUCAGAUAAUCCAUUAUGGGGCAGUUGCUUUGUAUGGGCUCCGUGCACAAGUACCCCUUCAACGGUCAGAAAAGGAGAGUUGGGGGAGACCUAGACUGGUUCCCAGUCUAUCCACUGGAUAUUUCGAUUGAUCCAAAGUUAUUGAGGGCGGGGAUUAGUCUGGGAGACCAUCGCAAGUUAAAUUUGAACGUAUUCACGCACUGACGACGCCCAUGCGCGAAGAUGCUAUGGCUUAGCUUUGUGCACAUUCAGGAUAAAGAAGUCGUGCGUACUUCGCGUGCGAACCAGUCCCGUACACACACGCGGUGUCGCGUCCAAGGGCCUCUCAAAAGUGGUUACAAACGCGCCCUCUUUUGUUAGCACGGAGCCCAUAAUAGCAGGCACAAUGCUUUCGCCGUUGAAGGGGGACUCAACUGAAUAUCCAAAUUUCACGUGGGAGGGAGGGUAGGGGUGGUCGGGGCAAUCAGAACAUAAAACAUGAAACAAUUUUUAUACCGUACUUUCUGAUCUCCAUGAUAAUGUACAUGUAUUUAUUUCACACUUGUUAAGCCCCCACACAACGUGGGUCACAUUUCUAGUCUUCAUUUCUUAUUUUAUUUUAAAGCAAUUGCUAAAAACUAAGUUUCCAAUACACAAGGAAUAAAAUUCACGAAAUUACUUUUUCCAUUGCACUGAAAAUAUUUGGACACUAAACAUAGACUGGUGUCAACGUAAGCCCACCAAACAGACUCAACAGUGUGGGGUGGCAUCCAGAUUUGCUGUGCUGUCUUUUUCUACCUUUCUUAAAAUCUUUUGGGAAUAAAUUGUUAGCUUAAGUUUACACAUGGAAUAAAAGGUUUUUAUUUAACUAAUGAUAUGACAACCUUUUAAUUCCAAACUACACAAUAUGAUCAAGAUAUGUUUUCUGUCAUGUCUUUGUCAGAUUUAUGAGGAAAAAUGAA